AUGGCCGCCGCCGCCGCUUCUCCGGCCACCGAUCACAAUUCAGCAAUGAGCAGCCGGAAUCCGGAAGUUCUGUGGGCGCAGCGCUCCGAUAAAGUGUACUUGACGGUAGCCUUGCCGGACGCUAAGGACAUAUCGGUGAAAUGCGAACCCAAGGGUUUGUUCAGCUUCUCCGCUCGCGGGAAACAGGGUGAAAACUUCGAGCUCAAUCUCCAGCUCUUCGCUCCCAUUCUCCCCGAGAAAUGCAAAACUAAUGUGGGGUUAAGGAACACAAUCUGCUCGAUUCAGAAAGAGGAGAAAGGGUGGUGGAAAAGACUGUUGAAGUCGGAAGAGAAGCCGGCACCUUACAUUAAAGUUGAUUGGAACAAGUGGGUGGAUGAAGAUGACGAGGAAUCAACUCUUGACGAAUUUUCGGACGAAGAUGACACUGUUGCGGAUGAUGAGGAUGCUGAAAGCAAUGACGACGAAGGAAUGCUUUACCUUCCUGAUCUGGAGAAGGCGAGGGGAAAGUGA